GUCUCGGCUCAGGAGUCACGACAAGCCUGGACAACAAGCUUGCAUCUUGCACAACACCGCGCCGUGUCCGAGGCGGCGCCAACCAGUCGCGGUCUCCUUGACCUUGUACAAUUACUGUUUAACUUUUCGCCUACGUUUGUCCUUUCCUCCCGUGCGGCAGCCGUUCCGCGCAGGCGCCCAUCUUUACGUACAACCCGCGGCGACAAAAGUGCCUGCCCGCCGCGAGCCUUUUUUUUUUUUUCGUUUUCUCUCCUUCGCUGGCCCACGUGAGGAGCGCCGACGCGGACGUUUCCGGGUACCGUAACCCGCACAGCAUAGCGGGGGAACCCCUGAAAAGCCGCCCACCGGGGGCACUACGUUGCUACGGAGCGUCGGCCUGCGCCCACGCGCGCGCUGAUCGGGCCCGUCUGACGCCAAUGGCCACUCCUAGAUGCCUGAUGCGGCAACUGGCUGGCAGCUGGCGCGAGGCGCGGUGGAGCCGAGCCUUGAACUUGGUCCGAAGCAACACGGCGCGGCAGCAGCGCGAGCCCGUUGCUGCGGCGCCGGGUUCCGUGGCCUGCGGCCGUGGGCCGGUCUUGACGUGGACGUCGCAGCGACGACAUUUGUCGACGACGGCCACGGAUGCUGCGACUUGCCGCAGUGCGCGAUUGGCGAGCCGGGGUCGAGGAACGGGGCUUCUGCGUGGCGCUCACACGGCCCGUCCAGGCUGCGUUGGGUUGUGGUCCGGCUCCCCUCUCUUGCAAACACACUCUCGGUUCUGCUCAGCCCACGCUCGAGCACGGAAUCUAGACAAGAUGGCCGACCGCGAUAUCCUUCCCGACAAUGUCAAGCCCGUCCAUUACAGCGUCUCGCUGCGGGACCUCGAGUUUAAGAACUGGACCUACAAGGGCACCGUGACCAUCGACUCUGAGAUUGUCAAGCCUACCAAGGAGAUCACUCUCAACACCCUCGAGCUCAAGCUGUCGCACGCCAAGAUCACCGUUGACCAUACCAAGUCGUCCCACACCAUCGAGUCCUCCAACAUUAACUACGAUGAGCGGGCGCAGCGAGCCACUAUUACAUUCGACCAGGAGCUGCCCGUUUCCAAGAAAGCUACGGUCGCCAUCGAGUUCGAGGGCAUCAUGAACAACGAAAUGGCCGGCUUCUAUCGCAGCAAGUACAAGCCCGUCGCCACGCCCGCCAAGUCGGUUCCCCGCGAUGACGAGUGGCAUUACAUGUUCAGCACCCAGUUCGAGUCGUGCGACGCCCGCCGUGCUUUCCCUUGCUUCGACGAGCCCAACCUCAAGGCCACCUUUGACUUUGAGAUUGAGGUCCCCGCCGACCAGGUUGCACUCAGCAACAUGCCCGUCAAGGAGACCAAGCCCACCAAGGACGGCUGGAACCUGGUCUCGUUUGAGAGGACGCCCAUCAUGAGCACCUACCUCCUUGCCUGGGCCGUGGGUGACUUUGAAUAUGUAGAGGCUCACACGGAGCGACGAUACAACGGCAAGCAGCUGCCCGUCCGCGUCUACACCACCCGUGGCCUCAAGGAACAGGGUCGCUGGGCCCUCGAGCACGCCCACAAGAUCAUCGACUUCUUCUCAGAGAUCUUCGACAUUGACUACCCCCUCCCCAAGUCCGACCUGAUUGCCGUCCACGAGUUUACGCACGGUGCCAUGGAGAAUUGGGGCCUCGUCACCUACCGCACCACCCAGGUCCUCUUCGACGAGAAGACGUCCGAUGCUCGCUACAAGAACGCCGUUGCCUACGUCGUCGCCCACGAGUUGGCUCACCAGUGGUUUGGCAACCUGGUCACCAUGGACUGGUGGGAUGAGCUCUGGCUCAACGAGGGCUUCGCCACCUGGGUCGGCUGGUACGCCAUCGACCACCUGCACCCUGACUGGGAAGUCUGGGCCCAGUUCGUCAACGAGGGCAUGGAGGCGGCGUUCCACCUCGAUGCCAUCCGCGCCAGCCACCCGAUUCACGUCCCGGUCCGCGAUGCUCUCGACGUGAACCAGAUCUUCGACUCUAUCAGCUACCUCAAGGGCUGCUCGGCCAUUCGUAUGCUGGCCAAUCACCUGGGCGUCAAGACCUUCCUCAAGGGCGUGUCCAACUACCUCAAGGCUCACGCCUAUGGCAACGCCAAGACCAAGGCCCUCUGGGAUGCCUUGUCGCAGGCAUCGGGCAAGGACGUGAAUGCUCUCAUGGGCCCCUGGAUCAGCAAGAUUGGCCACCCCGUCUUGACUGUCGCCGAGGAGCCUGGGCAGAUCUCCAUCAAGCAGUCCCGAUUCCUGUUGACCGGCGACGUCAAGCCCGAGGACGACACCACCACCUGGUGGGUGCCUCUCGGACUCGAGGGCAAGAAGGGUCAGGCAGGCGCCGCCGAUCUCUCGCUGACGCAAAAGGGCGAGACAAUUCGUGAGAUUGACGAUGACUUCUACAAGCUCAACAGCGGCGCCACCGGCUUCUAUCGCGUCAAUUACCCACCCGCGCGUCUGGCUAAGCUAAGCACUCAGCUCGACAAGCUCGGCACCGAGGAUAAGAUUGCCAUCAUCGGCUCUACCGCCGACCUCGCUUUCUCUGGCGAUGGCACGACGGCCUCGUUGCUGACAUUCCUUGAGGGCUUCCAUAACGAGACGCACCCCCUGGUGUGGACACAGGUACUCGAUACCAUCUCGAGUGUCAAGGGCGUCUUCUCCGAAGACAAGGAGAUCAAGAAGGGCUUGGAGAACUUUGCUUUGAAGCUUAUUGCCAACAAGAUCAAGGAGAUUGGUUGGGAGUUCCCUCAGGGUGAGGGCUACCUUGCGGGUCUCCUGCGCAAGCAGCUCAUUGGUGUUGCUGCUUCCUGCGGCCAUGACGAGACCAUCCAAGAGGCGCUCAGACGCUUCAACUCGUGGGCACAGAACCCCGAGACGAACCCCAUCCAUCCUUCGCUGAGAGUACCUGUCUGGCGCAACGCCGUCCUCAAGGACCCGGCCCGAGCCAUUGAUAUACUCAAGAAAGAGUGGUUCAACACCAAGUCCAUUGAUGGCAAGCUCAUCUGCCUCCUGGCUUUGGGGGCUACCGAAGACGAAGACCUUCUUCGCAAGGCCAUUGUGCCCUUCAACUUCAACACCUCGCCCCCCGACAACGCCGUACCCGCGGCCGACAUGCACGUCCUCUGCCUCCACCUUGCCGACAAUCCCACUGGCCGUGCCGUGCAGUGGGAGUUCAUGAAGAACAACUGGGAUGCCUGCCUGGCCAAGCUCGGGAACCCGAUCGUGCUUGACCGCUUCGUCCGUCUCAGCCUGGGUAGCUUCACCAACGCCGGCAUCCUUGACGAGAUAGACGCCUUCUUUAAGGAUAAGGACACGAGCAGCUUUAACCGCACCCUUGGCACCGUCAAGGACAAGAUCCGCGGCCGCGCCGCCUACAAGCAGCGCGACUCGGCAGCCCUGAAGGAGUGGCUCAGCGCCAACAAGUACCUGUGAGGCGUGUGACUGGCGGAGUCAAUGUAGAGUAUGAUGCGGGAGUGCUGGCGCAUAGAUGAAGUCAUGAUAUCAGUCGGCUGGUGGCCGAACAAUGAAGAAAACAUCUACACGAGACCCUCAGGCAGAGUUCAUGCGUGUUGGUGAAGCCAGUGAUGUAGGCACCAAGCUAACGAGGACGGUAGGGACAGGGCGAUUAGGAGCGAUAGUGUGACGAGCGAUGACUUUUACAGAGACAUGCGCGGGACAAUCAGUGUUUUGGUUUUUGGGUUCUGGCAGCUACUGGUAAACCGAGAAGGAGACAUUAUCUGCUCAUCCGCCAAAUCGGGGUUAUAAGACGUAAGUGAGUGGCUCAAAAGACCAGCUAUUGGGUAUGUACAGGCAAAUUAUAAACAAUCAACGGGGCUUGUAGCGCAAGAC